ACGCUGCACUCAAAACUGGGAGCAUUUAGCAUUUAGCUUUCUCCUUCUCCAACGAUGGAAGAAAUCAAAACCGAGGCACCGGACAAAGUGUUCUCUUGUCAGCUGUGUAGCUUGAGCAGCCCGUUCACUUAUUUCGGGCAGAAGCCACCGAACACCAGAGCCAUUGUGCUUCUCGAGGAAUGUUUUCUGACUAAAGACCCGUUCUGUCCGGACAAGGAGAAGUUCCUGAUUUUGGGUUCAAACUGCAGCAUGUGUGGAGUCCGUGUGUGUGUCGGAGCGGACUGCAGUCUCUUCUACACACAGAGGUUUUGCAUCGAGUGUGUGCGUAAACACCUGGACCAGUUUCCUCAGCAGAUUCGAGCUGAACUGGCCAAGAAGGGAUCCAAGACUGGGGUCUCCUGACCCUCCAGUGAGAGUGUUCCUGCUGGCGAACUGCCGGCCCAAACAUGUGACCUGGCUGUCAUUGGUUAGGUCGCUGUUGAUCAACAACAGGUCUUCUUUUGGCUCAGCUCACUGACACUGUGUGGUGAAGGGAGUCGGAGAUAGAUUGAGAGGAGAAGGUCGAGGACUUGGAUGGUGACUGGUUUGAGACACAGUAAAAGCUUGGAGGUGCAUUAAAACAGUAAAAAUGGAGAGGACCUGAAAGGUCAGGUGGACUGUAUCUCUGGUGCUGUGCUGCGUCACAUGACUCUCUUCUGCAGAUGCAUUUCACAUAUGACCCAUUAAA